GUCAAGAAUGUCUUCAAAAUUCACCAUUUUCUUCGUCACACAGAUCUUCUCCUUCCUGUUUAUUUUUCUGUCUCAUGGAUCCUUCACAGAAGCUCAAUCUAACGAUUCAAAAACUACAAAAAUCGGAGCUAUCAUCGAUGCGAAUUCCCAUAUUGGCAAAGAACAAAAAAUAGGCAUAGAAAUAGCAGCUUAGAACUUCAACAGCAACACUUCAAACAUGCACAAGCUAGUCCUCCAUUUCAAAGACCCUGGCAGAGACCCCCUCCAAGCAGUUUAUGCUGCUGAGGAGCUUAUUAAAGAAGAACAAGUACGAGUGAUUGUUGGGAUGGAGACAUGGCAUGAGGCAGCUGUAGUUGCAUCCAUCGGCAACCGAGAACAAAUCCCAAUCCUUUCACUGGCAUCAGCGGCCACCAUUUCACCGCCAUCGACCACCCUUCGUUGGUCUUUCUUAGUACAAAUAGCCAGCAAUGGCUCCCAACAAAUGAAUUGCAUGACAUCCAUUCUUCAAUCCUACAAAUGGAAAAAAGUAAUAGCGAUAUACGAAGACGAUACCUAUGGUAACAAUUCCAGUGGACUAGCUUUGUUAUCCGAAUCACUUCAUAGCAUUGGCACAGAGAUUGAACACCACUUAGUUUUCCCGCCAUUCUCUUCUCUUUCUGAUCCGCAAGGGUUUGUUCAUAAAGAAUUUGCGAGUUUGUUGCAUAAACAACAAUCUAGGAUUUUGAUCGUUCUUCAGUCUGUUAAUAUCACCCUAUGUGAAAGAGGUGAUACUCUUCAAUUUGAAAGCAUCCCAUAGCAUUCCUCUAUUGCGGCUGCCAACCGACAAGCCGCCAUAGUUGACAAUCCACCUUCGUUGAACAACAGCUGGCCACGUGCAAGGCCAGCCAGCUCCUUUCCUUCUCAUGUAUAAAUAGAGGUAGAGAGAGCAGAGAGAAUACAGUGAGUGGUGAGCUUAAGAGAGUUUACACAGAGAGAGAAUACAGAGUGUGUAAUACAUUUCUCUAUAUAGUGAAAUCCGCUGCCCGUGGACGUAGGCGACUUGCCGAACCACGUUAAAUCUCUUGUGUUAUUGCUUGUGUGUGUUUCCUGGUGUGCCCCCGAUCCACAACAAUUGAUAUCAAAGCUCGGGUAGUGAAAAAUUGAAUUUUUUCCGAAAGUGCCCAGAUUUGAAGUGCUCGAAAUCAACUUUUGAGCACACCACAAGCAAGAUCUCCAAGACAGGAGUCCAGAACAGCAAAAAUCAGCCCAAGAAGAGCAUUAACGCGCCAUCUGAAGAAGGAGAGUGAAGCCCACUCUCGAUACGCGCCGUUCAGCAACCGGCGCGUCAUCACACCGCAGACACAUGCCCUUACGCGCGGCAAGAAGAAGAAGGCGAGUGAUGCGGCCACCACGUCAUCCACCACGUCAGCACCAUGCAUCCGUUACGUCAGCGCUACGUGUCCGACACGUUAUCGCCACGUCAGCCAGGCUGCCAUGUCAUCUGACACGUGUCCUGCCACGUCAUCGCAGAGCCGUUGUCCGUGCCGUCAAGCCGUUGACCGCGCUGUUCCAGAGUAAUUAUCCGGUGCAUCUCAGACGUACCAGAUUCUGCAGAUCUGAACCGUCCACACUAUUUUGGCUCGAUCGAAGUCAUUUAGAGUCCGUUUUUGACGAUCCAAUAGUGCUUUCCAACUAUUUGGAGUAUUCUGGGCACAUCUGUACGGUCAGUUUUUUGAAUUGAAGUUUCUAAAAAAAAAAUAGUUUAAUGGAAGAAUCUACAAAGACCAGAUCAACUGAGUCCGUAAGUAAUCCAGCGAGUACAAGCAACUCUAGGCAUUGGACCCUAGUGUCCCAUGCUAUGUUUGAGGUAGAAAAGUUUGAUGGAAGUAGCAACUUCGGCAUGUGGAGAUGCGAAGUUAAAGAUAUGCUUGUUCAGAUGAACCUGCACUUCACUCUGGGAGACAAACUAGAUGACCUGGACGGGAUAGAAUGGAAGAAGGUGAAUCUCCUGGCUUGCAGUUCCAUCCGACUUUGCCUUGCAAAUGAGGAGAAGUAUGCCUUCACAUAAUAUGAUAUUGCGAAGGACCUUUG